UCACUUUUGGAACGCUUGAUGAAUAUAGAGGAAGUUUAUGGACGCAAACAAAAUGUGUACAACAAAGAAGUACUUACAAAAUUAUUAAAAAAUUAUCGAAGUCAUCCAUCCAUAUUGAAACUUCCAAAUGAGUUGUUUUAUGACAAUGAAUUGCAGCCAUGUGCAGACAAAACUGUGUGUGAUUUAUUCUGCAAUUGGACAUAUUUACCAUCAAAAUGUUUCCCAAUUAUAUUUCAUGGUGUAAUCAGUCAAGAUGAGAGAGAGCCAAAUGAUUCGUCCUAUUUUAAUCCCAAGGAAAUUUCAGUUGUUGUGAAUUAUGUUGAAAAAUUACUCGAAUCUAUAGGAGAUCUCAAUUUGUCUCCAAAGGAUAUAGGAAUUAUAUCUCCUUAUAGGAAACAGGUGAAAAUUAUAAUUAGUUUACUCAUAUUUAUACAGUUGGAAUGAAUAUAAUAAAAUUAGCAUAAUUAUUUAAUU